UCGCCUGGAAUUCUCCGUCCUCGUGUUCCUAGGCUGGCGCGCAGAGUCUCCCCGCGAUAGCGGCGCCGCCGCCGCUGCCCGCGCCACCCCGCCGUCGGCCUUGGGGGUCGGGAUGCUGCGGCAGGUUCUGCACAGGGGCUUGAGGACGUGUUUCUCCCGGCUCGGCCACUUCAUUGCCAGUCACCCGGUCUUCUUCGCCUCGGCACCCGUGCUCAUCUCCAUCCUGCUCGGCGCCAGCUUCAGCCGCUACCAGGUCGAAGAGAGCGUGGAGCACCUGCUGGCGCCCCAGCACAGCCUCGCCAAGAUCGAGCGCAACCUCGUCAACAGUCUCUUCCCGGUCAACCGCUCCAAGCACCGGCUCUACUCGGACCUGCAGACCCCCGGGCGCUACGGCCGGGUCAUCGUCACCUCCUUCCAGAAAGCCAACAUGCUGGACCAACAUCACACCGACCUGAUCUUAAAGUUGCAUACUGCUGUGACCAAGAUCCAGGUUGCAAGGCCUGGUUUUAAUUAUACAUUCGCUCACAUAUGUGUCCUGAAUAAUGAUAAGAGCUGCAUCGUGGAUGACAUAGUACAUGUCCUGGAGGAGCUCAAGAAUGCUCGGGCCACCAACCGGACUAAUUUUGCUAUCACAUACCCGAUCACUCACUUGAAGAAUGGGCGGGCAGUCUACAAUGGGCACCAGCUUGGCGGUGUCACCGUGCACAGCAAGGACCGAGUGAAAUCUGCAGAGGCCAUCCAGCUCACCUACUACCUGCAGUCAAUCAACAGUCUGAACGACAUGGUGGCUGAGAGAUGGGAGUCCAGCUUCUGUGACACUGUCCGACUGUUUCAGCAAUCAAACGACAAAAUCAAAAUCUACCCUUACACAUCCUCCUCGCUGAGGGAAGAUUUCCAGAAGACUAGCCGUGUAUCAGAACGUUACCUGGUCACCAGCCUGAUUCUGGUGGUCACCAUGGCUAUCCUCUGCUGCUCUAUGCAGGACUGCGUCCGCAGCAAACCCUGGUUAGGCCUGCUCGGGUUGGUGACCAUAAGUCUGGCCACUCUCACUGCGGCCGGGAUCAUCAAUCUUACCGGUGGGAAAUACAAUUCCACCUUCCUGGGAGUCCCUUUCGUCAUGCUAGGUCAUGGAUUGUAUGGGACUUUUGAAAUGUUAUCCUCCUGGAGAAAAACUCGAGAAGACCAACAUGUUAAAGAGAGAACUGCAGCCGUGUAUGCAGACUCCAUGCUCUCCUUUUCUCUCACCACUGCCAUGUACCUGGUCACCUUUGGCAUAGGGGCCAGCCCUUUCACGAACAUUGAGGCAGCCAGGAUUUUCUGCUGCAAUUCCUGUAUUGCAAUCUUCUUCAACUACCUCUAUGUACUCUCGUUCUACGGUUCCAGCCUGGUAUUCACUGGCUACAUAGAAAACAAUUACCAGCAUAGUAUCUGCUGCAGAAAAGUCCCAAAGCCUGAUGUACUGCAGGAGAAGCCGGCAUGGUAUAGGUUUCUCCUGACAGCCAGAUUCAGUGAGGACACAGCAGCUGACGGCGAGGAAGCGAAUACUUACGAGAGUCACUUAUUGGUAUGUUUCCUCAAACGCUACUACUGUGACUGGAUAACCAACACCUACGUCAAGCCUUUUGUAGUUCUCUUUUACCUUAUUUAUAUUUCCUUUGCCUUAAUGGGCUAUCUGCAGGUCAGUGAAGGGUCAGACCUUAGUAACAUCGUAGCAACUGCGACGCAAACCGUUGAUUAUACUAGUGCCCAGCAAAAGUACUUUAGCAAUUACAGUCCAGUGAUUGGAUUUUACAUAUAUGAGUCAAUAGAGUACUGGAACGCUACUGUUCAAGAAGAUGUGCUGGAGUACACCAAGGGGUUUGUGCGGAUAUCCUGGUUUGAUAGCUAUUUAAAUUACCUUCGGAAACUCAAUGUGUCCACUGACUUGCCUAAGAAAAAUUUCACAGACAUGCUGAGAAAUUCCUUCCUGAGAACACCUCAAUUUUCACAUUUUCAAGAGGACAUCAUCUUCUCUAAAAAGUACAAUGAUGAGGUGGAUGUGGUGGCCUCCAGAAUGUUUCUGGUGGCUAAGACCAUGGAAACAAGGAAAGAAGAACUCAGUGAUCUGCUAGAAACCCUGAGGAGACUCUCUGUCACCUCCAAGGUGAAGUUUAUUGUCUUUAACCCAUCCUUCGUGUUCAUGGAUCGAUACGCCGCCUCUCUGGGAGGCCCCCUGCACAACUCCUGCAUCAGUACUUUGUUCUUGCUUUUCUUCUCAGCAUUCCUCGUGGCAGAUUCGCUGAUCAAUGUCUGGCUCACUCUCACUGUUGUAUCCGUGGAGUUUGGAGUGAUAGGUUUCAUGACAUUAUGGAAAGUAAAACUGGACUGCAUUUCUGUGCUCUGCUUAAUUUACGGAAUUAACUACACAAUUGAUAAUUGUGCUCCACUGUUAUCCACAUUUGUUCUGGGCAAGGACUUAACAAGAACGAAAUGGGUAAAAAAUGCCCUGGAAGUGCAUGGGGUAGCUAUCUUACAGAGCUACCUCUGCUAUCUUGUUGGUCUGAUUCCUCUCGCAGCUGUGCCUUCAAAUCUGACCUGUACACUGUUCAGGUGCUUGUUUUUAAUAGCAUUUGUCACCUUCUUUCACUGCUUUGCCAUUUUACCUGUGAUACUGACUUUCCUGCCACCUUCUAAGAAAAAAAGGAAAGAGAAGAAAAAUCCUGAAAACCAGGAAGAAGUUGAGUGUGUUGAAAUGGUGGAUAUCGAUAGUACCCGAGUGGUUGACCAAAUUACGACAGUGUGAGAGCUGCUUGUUAUAUUUUCACCCUAGGUCUUAUCAAGAAUGAAGAGAUUAUGUUAAUGAAACAAUUUCAGAAUUCUUCUUUAAGGAGAAGAAGCAAGCAUUGCCAAAAAACCGUAAAUAACAAGGGGGGAAAUGGGCAUUGCAAAUUUUCAAUCUUUAAAACAAAAGGGUUGUUAUCAGAAAAAUAACACACAUCUACACACACACACACACGAACACACACACCAAGUCUAGGAGACUUACAGUCUCUUAAACUAAGAUCAAAUAAAAGAAAGGGUAUUAGCAAGCAGAAUCCUAUUUAAUUCACACUGUAGAUGUUGCUGGUAUUGUGACCAAAACUUACUGAUUGAAGGGUUAGCUGUCAAGGCAGAAAUAGAUUUAAGCAGUGUUCAAACAAUAAGGCUUCCAGAACAUCUGUGGAGCAAUAGUUCCAGGCAGGGUCUGUAUUUUGAGGUCUUAGCUGGCUUAUCCAGCCCCCCAAGACCCAAGGAGAUGCUUGCGGAAGUUCUGAUCAUUGAAAGCGUCAGAACCUCAGAAACAGGCACAUACUAGAGUGGCCAUCACGCAUGGGCUGAAAUUCAGUCACCCCUACACUCACUCAGCUGAGGCAGUUUUGUUGUCUAGAAUGAACUUGUCAUAAUGCUCCAUCAAUACACUGUUAACAUUUAUAUGCUUUGGUUAAUGUAUCAUUAAACCAGUGACAGCUCCAGCAUUGCAAAACUGGGGCAAUUCUAUUUUGGAAUGUCUUAUUACUUGUCACUAAACAGAUCUGCUUUAUUAGUUACAGCUUUUAGCAGGAGGCUCUGAGUACUCCAAACCACAAUGCCAAACCCAAAUCCUCUGCUGUGAUGGAAAAGAACAGGUGUCUACUUGAACCCAAAGACUGUGUCUCCGUUCUGACAAAAAACAAAUGGCCAGCGGAUACAGCUGUUUGUGGUGUGGCCCUACGACAUGUAGUGUGGAUGCCCAGAAACAACUUCUGCCUACACAGAGCUGAGAAAGAAGAAAUGAACACUGAAAACAACUUUCAGCCUGGACUGUGAAUCAGCCUUCGUGGAAAGAUACGCCUGCUUCAAGGCCUAAUGGAGAAAAGAAAGGUCUUUGGUGAGUAUAAGUCCUGAAACACAGAAGUACAAGCAGGGAGAUGAAGGGCUGAAAAGGAGAGAGAAAGAAAAGACUGGAAAGUGUAAUCUCCAACACAAAUCGAUAACGACAGUCAAAGUUUCCUGCAACACUGGCUGCACUUUUACCUUGUUGCCCCCCUCCCCCCCCCCCCGCACACACACACCUCUUUGGGUGACCCUCUACUUCACUUCACUGCACGGCCCUUCUGUACAUUAAUGCGCCUAGAUGUUUUUACUGUUUGGCUUGAAGUACCUCUGGAUCUAAACAUAAGUGGUUUGAGCUGAAGAAGCUGUGUGUGUUGCUCCAGACCCUUGCAUUUCUUUGUCUAUAAAAGUGAAGCUAAGACCUGGUCACGUUUGCGACAAAUGUCUACAGUGUUUUUCCCUUCUAGAGAUGUAGCUUCUUUAGACCUCUGUAGUGGUAAGCUUUCCCCAAAAGCACCUUACCUUUCUGGACUUUUAGCGGACAUACUGUGCAACUUUCCUCCUCCACAGAGGAGGAAACCAAGACCUAGGAGAAUUAAGCGACUCACACCAGGGUCACACCACUAGAGGGUGUCCUUUACUUUAGCAUGCCUAAGGCAAGGCAGGCCAAUUUUAGAUUUUCUCCUAAGAGGGCUAUUACUCCCUUCAAAGUACAUUUGCAAGGAAAGAACCUAAGACUUUAUUGGCCAUAAGGCAGACUUUUUUUUUUGUAAUGUUUCGGUAAUGUUUGGGAUAUAGGUUUGCCAUUGUCUUUUCAAUCAGCAAAAAUGCCUAAAUGAUUCCGAAAUAACCACACCAAGUGCAAACCUGUGCUUUCUAUUUCAUGUACUGUUGUCUACACAGUUCUAGAUAUAUAGUCAGGAGAUUGUAGCUAGUGAAUUCCACACUCGUUCAAUCUCUCCUGCAGACACACUAAGUGAUCAACACCAACUUGUAAUGCACUCAACUAGAAGAUAACAAGCUUUAAUCUGAGGACAAGUACAUUCCUCGAAAAAGGGCAAGUUCGCAUACUAGAUCUGCGAUCAAGUCUCUCUCCAAGGGGCCUACAACUAGGCUAUUAUUUAUAAACAGCUGAAGAGGGGAUUGGUUUUAUUCUUAAAUCAUGUGUUACUAAAUCAUUUUCUGAACAGUGCAUUCUAAAUCAACCAUUGAUUUAGUGUCAGCCACGUGGCAUGCCUUGGAUUAAAGCAACACUACAAAACUGAUACAACACACACACCAAUCAACUGGAUUUUGUUGAGAAUUUAAUCGUUCAGUUUUGUCAACAAGAAUGACUUUAUUGUGGAAUUUUGUUUUAUGACAGAUAUUAGUUUUCCAACUUGAAUGAGUCUCUGUAUUCCUUGGAAUAUUGUAUUUUUAAAUGAAGGGCAUUUUCAACCUUGUCAACUUCUCUUUUCAGCACUUGAAAUCAAGAUUUAUGGAAUUCUGCCUAUGGAAUGACUUUUUUUACUGGGGACUCUGCAUGCCAAGAUUUAUUGUUUAUAAUUUAUUGUUAGAUCAUUAUCUAUUUGUUAAUGUUGAUUAUUGAUUAUUGCUCUGACGUUUAACCCCACCUGGAGAAGAUACUUUAGAAGUUACUCAAACUCACAUCUUCAUAAAACUUAAGACAUUACUUCGUGAAGUUUCACUUUUUCAAUUGCUAUAAAGAGGAAAGAAAUGAUCCUAGCAAACACUUGCAAAAGUUUUAUUUUUCAAUUAAUUCCAACCAAGACAUCAAUGUUCACUUUACCAAAGAAACUUAUUUGGUUGGUUUUGAGUUGGUGUUUGUUGUUUGUUUACCAAAGAAAAUAUUCCAUUCAUCAAAAAUAUUUCUCCUGGUCAACUAAAAUAACUGUGAUGCUUGGGCUUUCUUGACCAUUCAUAAAGGGGGAAGGGGGAGGUGUUGACAAAGGAAGAUAAAAUAAGAGGAUAUUCUAAGUGAAAUUCAGCAGAAGAUAAAAUUCACAGAAACGUGGGAUUUCCAAGAAACAAAAUUAUAUUUGAAAGGGGGGACGAUUGUGAGUCCUACAUCAUUGGUCAAGGAGAAUGAUUGCUUCUCAGACUAGAAGGACAUCAGUUCCAGAGGGGGAAAAAAAGACAAGUCUUCGGGAACCGCCCUGUUUCCAGUCUUACAGUCUUUGUUGUUUUGGUUGGGUGUGGGGCAGGGCUUGUUUAGCUUUGAUCUGGUUUGUGGUAUUUGUUUUGUUUUCUUUCCUACCACUUUACCCCUUAAUUUUUAAUUAGAAGUGAGAUAAUCAGAUUCUAUUCUCUAUGGCUACAGUUAUUUUAUUUAGGCACUAUGUUGCUGUAAACAACGCGCUUCAUAAUCCUUUCAUUUUGACUAACCAUCACCAGGUUGUUCUAAGUGACAUUCUGGGACCAUAAUACCCCUUUCCUCUAGCCCCAGCAGUAGACUGUGGCUCCAUCUGUCUGCAGAACUGGCGGUCUAAGAGCCACCUUCAGGAUGCUAUGUGAGGCAGGGGCUCUUGGACACAAAGGGUAGUCUUGCAUACCGGUGAUGUACAUUUGGGUCCCAUUAAAGUAGCCAUUGUAGCUUGUAGUAGUGUUUGAAUUCUGUGAAUCCAAUUUUCUCAUCUGUUAAACAGGGGUAAUAACAUAACUAUCCUUAAAUUCAGCGAAUCCUGAUUGAGUACCUGAUAUCACUCAGCUAUCGUCUCCAGAGCUUGGAGGAGAGAACAGUAUGAGAAUCAGGGUUUUUAAAAUAUCUGCCCUCAGAGAGCCUACAUUUAAGUGAUGACACAGAUUUGCUGUGAGGAUUAAGUGAGAUGUCUGAAAAGCACUAGUGGCACAGGAAAGGAAGUCAAGAUAUUAUGAUUUGUAAUUUGUUUAUCCCACAUAAUGGCACUAGGGCUCAGGAUGCAGAGUUACCACGAAGUUGGUCUUUGCAGAAUCGGGCAAAGGAUUAGGGCCAUAUAAUGAUACAGUGAAUUGUCUUAGUCAUUCUAGAACACUCAAAAUUCAGCUAGAUCAACCACCAUAGGGGCAACUUUAUAGAAAGCACAAACCCUUGAUAUUGAUUUGGGACUAUCAUUUUUGAAACAAUGAAAUUGAGGCACUCUGGGAAUGGGAGCAUGGAGGGGAAGUCACUUACUACUUAAUUAUGAUGCCCGGCUUAUCUGAAGAUAUCUGAACACUCCCUCUGAGUAAUUUGCUGUUAACUUUGUGCUGUGUAAAAAGCACAGCUAUCCAAAGACAAAGUUCUUAGUUUUUUUAAGUAUGGGAAAGCUACAACACAAAGGAAAGAUUAAAUUAGUACUACUGAAUUCUCUGGCAGAAGACUGGCAACGGCUGCGGCCAGCACAUUGCAUAGUUCCUCCCUGUUGUGGUUACAACUGUUGAUUUUUGUCUCGUGCCAGUCCAAGAGAAAGCAAAGAGGAAAAUAAAUGAGUGGGAAUCUAUUCACCUGAAGAGGCAGUGGUAGGAUAUCCUCCUCCCUCCCGCCCCCUGUACCCCACCUCUUAAUUGCCCUGCUUCUGCCCAGGCGAUCUAUUUGAAGUCUUUUGAUAUCUCUGAGGGCACCAUCAAGGAAAAUAAAGUGAAACAACCAGACAGCUAUGGCCUCUGUGCAGAGAAAAACUGCAAGGGCUCAGAGUCUACUGAGGGGGAAAGGAGACAUCUUUUAAUAGUACAGAGAAAGGAAUGUGUACCAAGGAGGCAAGGUGUAGAGAAAACCUUGGUAAAAAGAGUGAUGUUUGUGUGGAAUGUGCCAGCCUCUUCUCCCUCCAGAAUGUUGACACCAGAUGAGUCUUUGGAUAAAAUGAAACUUACCCCACUUCUUUUUUUCAUGUAAAAAAUGGAAACUGGAGAAGUGAUAUUGCAUGCAUGGAGCUAGUCAGAAGAGACGGGGACUAGAACUCAAGUGUCCUAAUUCCCAGCCACAGUUCUUUCUCCAUUGUGCCACUUUACUGCCAAAUUCAAUGUAUCUAAAUUACGGGAUCAUAACCUGGGGGAGGGGGGCCAUGAAUCAGUUGGUGGGAAUGUGGGGCUGACAUCCUUAAAGUUAAUUUAUAUGAAAAUAUGUGUGUAUAUGUUCAAUAUGUACAUUUUCCUAAAAAGAGAGUUCAUAGUUGUCAUCAGAUUCCAAAAGAGGUCUGUGUUCCCAAAGGGUAAAAAAAUGUCCUAAUAAAGACCUCAUUGGGAGUGUGA